ACACACCGACUCGAUCUCGCGUCUUUCUCUUGUCUUCCUUGUCGAAGCUUCGACUGUUUUCUCACGCUCGAUGAACGAAACGGCGUUAGUUAAGCAACCGUAACGCUAUGAUGUGGCUUCUGCUGCCGCUGUCCCUCCUCUGUCUGACCGUCGGAGGAGAAGGCGAAGGCGGAGGCAGCCGGAGGGUCCUCCAUCAGCCGCUGUACCCAAUUCAGUGGACCCCUCCGCCGCCCCUUCAGGAGUUUUCGGAUCCGGCGCCGGAAGGCUCUAAUCCCUCUGUCCCGGGCGUCCUUUCCCCGCCUGCGACCACGGGUCAGGCCCACGCCUCUGCCGCCGCCUCAGCCUCUUCGACUUCCUCUUCUGCGUCCGAGACGGUCGUCGCCGUCGCUGUCCCCGUCUCCAUAGCGGUCCUCGUAGUCAUUCUCUUGACGGGGCUGUACUUAUACCGACGGCGAAGGGCGGAGAGGCCGUCCGAUUCCGGGAAGCUCAUGGGCCGUUGUGAUAGCAGUGGCCGGAUGGAAAGCCGCGCAGCCUCUGCUGCUGUGCCGGCGCCGGAUUUUCUCUACCUCGGCGCCGCGGACACGGCGUCGACGGGGGCCUCAAGUUGCGGGGGAAGCCAGGAACUUAUUGGAUCGCCGCUGGGGGUGGAGCCGGUUGUGGAGAUGCAUCCCCCGAGCCCCGAGCUCCAGCCGCUACCGCCGUUGAGCGCGAUUGCUUCGAGGAAAAGUUUGGGGCGUGCUCCGACCGCAUCCUCGGACGAGGAUACUUUCUAUACUCCGCAGAAGUCAUUGGCAUCCGCCAUUAGCGAGACACCAAGCAGUCCAGUAUCGCGGCGUAGCCUCCCUAGUAUGAGUAGCGGAGGUAAGGAAUUCUUGAUGAGCUCGGUGGCGGAGGCUGCCCCUCGCUCACGGCGAUCAUCCCCUCGAAUGCAAUUCACCAAUUACCCUAAUUCCGAAGUGAAACAGAUGAUCCUGCCAUUGAAUCGGCAACCUCCAGCACCGCCUCCGCCACCGCCGCCACCUCCUCGACCACCUCCACGAUUGUACAAUGCCACCAGGAAUCCACCGCCUCCACCCCCGCCCCCGGCCCCGCCGCAGCCUCCACCCCCGGCCCCGCCGCAGCCUCCGCCCCCGGCCCCGCCGCUGCCUUCAUCCAUUUCUGACGCGUUUACCAAAAACGAUGAAUCAAUCAAAGCUCCUAUUGCACCAUUCUCGAGGCGUCGGCUACUGCAUCCCCUUCCCCCCGAAGCUACACGUAUUAACAUACCGCUCCUUCCUACGAAGCUUGGUAAUCGAGUCGCUGCCAGUUCUUCGCAUCAGAAUGACGAGGUGGGAGAACGUUUGGAUGGUGAUACGAAGCCUAGAUUAAAGCCCCUUCACUGGGACAAAGUUAAAGCAAGUUCCGAUCGAGCAAUGGUUUGGGACCAGUUGAAAUCGAGCUCAUUUCAAUUGAAUGAGGAUGCAAUGGAAACUCUUUUCAUCAACAAUUCCACAAGUUCUAUUUCUCAUAAUGAUUCGAGAAGAAGACAGGAUGCGCUCUCCUUCAAGCAUGAAAACAGAGUGUUGGAUCCAAAGAAAUCACAGAAUAUUGCAAUCCUCCUGAGGGCAUUGAAUGUAACAAGAGAAGAGAUCUGCGAAGCACUUUUAGAUGGUAAUGCUGGAUGUUUGGGAACUGAGCUUUUGGAAACUUUGGUCAAAAUGGCUCCCACAAAGGAGGAAGAACUGAAACUACGAGACUACCCAGGUGACCUACAAAAGUUAGGUUUAGCUGAGCGCUUUCUUAAAGCAGUCUUGGAUGUCCCAUUUGCCUUCAAAAGAGUUGAUGCGAUGCUAUAUAGAGCCAAUUUUGAUACAGAAGUCAAAUUUCUAUUGAAAUCUUUUCAAACUUUGGAGGCAGCAUGCGAAGAUCUAAGAAGCAGCAGACAGUUUCUUAAGCUCCUAGAAGCUGUUCUUAGGACUGGGAACAGGAUGAAUGUGGGAACCAACCGUGGUGAAGCUAAAGCAUUCAAGCUUGACACACUUCUCAAACUAGCAGAUGUGAAAGGGACAGAUGGGAAAACCACACUUCUCCACUUUGUCGUUCAAGAAAUCAUCCGGUCUGAAGGAUCAGGCACUGAGCCAACAACAGAAAAUCAAUCUAACAACCUAGGAGAAGAACAAUUCAGGAAACAAGGCUUAAAAGUUGUAGCUGGGCUAAGCAAAGAGCUUGGAAAUGUCAGACGGGCAGCUGGAAUGGACUCGGAUGUGCUGAGUGGAUAUGUCUUAAAGCUAGAAGCUGGCCUUGAGAAGAUAAAGUCGGUCAUACAGCUAGAGAAGUCAUGCACACAAGGGAUGAAGUUUUUUGAGAUGAUGAAGAUAUUUCUUGUAGAGGCUGAAAAGGAGAUCGAUCGUGUUAAAGUCAAGGAGAAGACGGUGAUGAACUCGGUAAAGGAGACUACGGAGUACUUUCACGGCGAUGCUGCAAAGGAGGAAGCCCACCCUCUUAGAAUCUUCAUGGUGGUGAGAGACUUCCUAUCGGUCCUAGAUAACGUCUGCAAGGAAGUGGGCAAUUUGCACGAGAGGACAGUGAUGGGAUCUGCCAGCUCCUUCCUAAUAUCUGGCAGUUCUUCUCAUCCGGUCUUUCAAAGGUCUGAAUGGCGACGAGAUGCCAACUCGGAUAACGAUAGUUCAUCGUCAUAUAACUGAUCAGAGAUGGUCUCACUUGUAUGCAUGCUUCAGCCUACUCUAUGUGAAGAUGAUCAGGGGAUUGAGAAUACGACCAAGUAAAACGACUCCGUGGUAUAUUGGCAGGGUCAGUUAAUGUACAAGAGGAAUAAACAAGACCUUAGAGGAAAGCACAAUCAUACAUACGGUGUUUCAUACAGUUCGAAGAUAGAGAUUAGCGUUCGGUCUCCUCCUGUUGUAAAUUAUCAGACAGGCAUAGAUAUUUAUAUUCUUUUUAAAUUAUUCAAAUUUUGUGUAGUUUUCUGCAAAAGACUUUUUACGGAGGGUUCUUUUUAUCCGUCCGAUCUAGUGGGAUCGUUUUAAUUCCUACCGUUUAAAUUUAAAGCCUUGGGAGGAAUCCCGACGAAGGGUCGCCUCGCCGACGCGAGUGGAUGAGAGAACAUGUCUCCUCUCCGUCCCUCGAUCUCCCCAGCGUCGCCCACCGCUACGCCACCCUCCUCGAACGCCUGGCUGCCGCUUCCGGACGGGCUACUCUGCUCCGUCGCCUCCGCGCCGUGCACGCUCACUUCCUCGCCUCUGGAUUUAGACCCCGAGCGCACAUCCUCAACCGCCUCAUCGACCUCUACUCCAAGUUCGGCGACCUUCCCUCCGCCCGCCGCCUCUUCGACGCCACCUCCUCCCGAAGAAGCGAUUCUAUCGCCGCCACCUCCCUCAUCACCGCCUACUCGGCCGAUGGAAGCCACGACGCCGCCCGCCAGAUUUUCGAGAGCACACCGUUGGCCUCUCGCGACACUGUCUUCUAUAACGCGAUGAUCACCGGAUACUCUCGCGCCUCCGACGGCCACGCGGCUAUUUCUGUCUACCGUCGUAUGAUGACCGAUGGCGUCCCCUGCGACAGCUAUACAUUCACGAGCGUUCUCAGUGCUGCAGCGGCUGUACUUCCUCUUGAGCUCACACAGUGCCGACAGAUCCAUUGCGCCGUGGAGAAGUCAGGAACUGGAAUAGCAAUCUCCGUAUCGAACGCUCUCAUCGCGCUGUAUACCAAGUGCGAGGCUGCGGAGGCUGCAGCGUACGCUCGGAAAGUGUUCGAUCUAAUGCUUGGCAGGGAUGAGCUGUCAUGGACCUCGAUGGUGGUUGGCUAUGUUAGGAGAGGUGACAUCAUGGAGGCUCGUCGGGUCUUUGAUGCAAUGGAGCAAAGAUUUGAUGUGGUAUGGAAUGCGAUGAUUUCAGGGUAUGUCCAUCACGGGCUUUUUGCUGAAGCCCUUGAGAUGUUUAGGAACAUGCACUUGAUAGGCAUCCCUAUGGAUGAAUUUUCUUACACUAGCGUCCUCAGUGCUUGUACAAAUGCAGGCCUCUUCGGGCACGGCAAGGCUGUUCAUGCCCACAUCAUCCGUUCAGGGCCAGAUUUUGAUCCAGAAUCUGCAUUGCCUGUUGAGAAUAUGUUAGUCACUCUCUAUUCAAAAGAUGGAAAAGUCAAUGUCGCAAAAAGGAUCUUCAAUGACAUUCGGAAAAAGGACAUUGUUUCCUGGAAUGCCAUGUUGUCAGGGUAUCUGAACAAUGGGUGCGUUCGUGAUGCGGUUUAUAUGUUCAAGGAAAUGCCACAGAAGAAUCAAUUGACGUGGAUGGUCAUGAUCUCGGGCUACUUGCAUAAUGGUCUUGCAGAGGAAUGUUUAAAACUUUUCAGUCAUAUGAUGGACAAGUGUGUCAAACCGUGCGACUAUACUUUUGCAGGAGCUAUUGCUGCUUGUGGCAAUUUAGGGGCACUUGAGCAUGGAAGGCAGCUCCAUGCUCAGCUGAUCCAAUAUGGCUACGAGUCGGGCAACUCAGCAGGAAAUGCAUUGUUGACAAUGUAUGCAAAAUGUGGUUCGAUGGAGGCAGCACAUCUAGCAUUUCUUUUGAUGCCGAAUGUUGAUUUUGUGUCUUGGAAUGCAAUGAUAGCAGCUCUUGGUCAACAUGGGUAUGGAAGAGAAGCAAUUGAUCUCUUUGACCGGAUGAUUGACGAUGGCAUGAUGCCAGACCGGAUAUCUUUUCUCACAGUCCUGUCAGCCUGCAGCCAUUCAGGUUUAGUCGAGGAAGGAUUCCGAUAUUUUGAAUCCAUGGAACGCCAAUAUGGUAUUAGCCCAGGGGAAGAUCAUUAUGCCAGAUUGAUCGAUUUGCUUGGUCGAGCUGGUCGAAUUUCUGAAGCUUGGAAUGCCAUCCAAACAAUGCCUUCGGCACCUGGUCCAGCUAUUUGGGAGGCUGUUCUCUCUGGGUGCCGUAUUCAUGGUGAUAUGUCUCUUGGGAUACAUGCUGCAGAGCAGCUUUUGAAGGUGAUUCCGCAACAGGAUGGGACAUAUGUCCUCUUGUCUCAUAUCUACGCAGCUGUCGGCCAGUGGGCCGAAGUGGCUAAAGUAAGAAAACUGAUGAAGGAUAGAGGAGUAAAAAAGGAACCUGGAUGCAGCUGGAUUGAAGUUGCCAAUAAGGUUCAUGUGUUCCUUGUGAAUGAUACAACACAUCCUGAUGGACAACAUGUUUACAAGUUCCUUGAGAUUCUAAGUGUCAAGAUGCGAAAACUGGGUUACGUGCCAGAUACCAAGUUUGUGUUGCAUGACGUU